AUGGCUGAGACACAGAGCCCAUCUGUUCAGGACAUCCGUUACGGUGGCUUUACGCGCUUCGAGCUCGAGCUGGAGUUCGUUCAGUCUCUAGGAAACCCGCUGUAUCUGAACCACUUAGCUGCGACGCAAAAGGUCUUUGACAACCCGGAAUUUAUUGCUUACAUCGAUUACUUGCAAUACUUUCAGCUCCCUCAGUAUGCAAAAUAUAUCGCCUAUCCUGGCCCAGCCUUGCGCAAUCUCGAGCUCCUCAAGCAGGAAACUUUUCGUAAACACAUUGUUGACGUCGGUCUAGCUCAGGCCAUGUUCGAGCAAGGCAUCAUAGCUGGCAAACGCGAUCAGUCGUGA